AUGGUAUCGGACAUGAGGGCAAGAGUGAGGAGAUUUGUUGGGGGCCUUGAUUCCUAUUUGUAUGAUGGGGCCAACAUUGCUGCACAGAAUGGGGGGAUAACUAUCUCCAAGAUGGUAGCUUUUGUACAAGGGAAUGAGACAAGGCUGAAGGAGGCGGAAGCCUUGCGGAAAGAGAAAGACAAGGAGUUCAACAAGAGGGUCAAGUCUACCGGCAAGUGUGGUAAGAGACACCCAGGUGAGUGUCGUAUAGGUGUGGAUAUUUGCUAUGGUUGUGGCCAAAGGGGCCAUUUUCAGAGAGAUUGUCCGUUAGCUAGGCAAGGUACUGGAGGUAACGUUGCGCAGUCCACAAAUUCAGCAGCUCCUCGUCACAAUCAGUCCCAGCAGGGGCAUGGAACGACAAGGUCCGGCAAUACAGGCGGUGGUCAGAACCGUUUGUAUGCAUUGACAGGUCGUCAGAAUACACAGGCUAGAGCAGAUGUUGUCACAGGUUUUAGUUUCAGUUUCCGCCCUUAUCAUGUUACUCUCAUGUGCCACGUUUAUUUCAUUCAGUUGCUUUACAUACAAGUACAUUCAAUGUCCUGA